GCGACUUUCCCUUUCCGGCUACGGGUCCCGGAGCGGAGCGGGAGGCUGGACCCGGGAGCCGAGCGGCGGCGGCGGUAAUGGCGGAGCUGGUGCAGGGACAGAGCGCUCCUGUGGGCAUGAAGGCCGAGGGCUUCGUGGACGCCCUGCACCGGGUCCGGCAGAUUGCUGCUAAGAUUGAUUCGAUUCCUCACUUGAACAACUCCACGCCUCUCGUGGACCCCUGCGUGUAUGGAUAUGGCGUGCAGAAACGGCCCCUGGACGAUGGAGUAGGUAACCAGUUAGGGGCCUUGGUACAUCAAAGGGCAGUAAUAACAGAAGAAUUCAAGGUGCCUGAUAAAAUGGUUGGAUUUAUUAUCGGCAGGGGAGGUGAGCAGAUUUCGCGGAUUCAAGCAGAAUCUGGUUGCAAAAUUCAGAUUGCUUCAGAGAGUUCUGGGAUUCCAGAGAGGCCCUGUGUACUUACCGGAACCCCAGAAAGUAUUGAACAAGCCAAACGACUGCUGGGACAGAUUGUGGACCGCUGUCGCAAUGGACCUGGCUUUCAUAACGACAUAGAUGGCAACAGCACAAUCCAGGAGAUCCUUAUUCCUGCAUCUAAAGUGGGUCUGGUCAUCGGCAAAGGAGGGGAAACAAUCAAGCAGUUGCAGGAGCGGACAGGUGUAAAAAUGGUCAUGAUCCAGGAUGGCCCACUGCCCACAGGAGCAGACAAGCCCCUUCGUAUCACUGGAGACCCGUUCAAAGUACAGCAAGCCAGAGAAAUGGUAUUGGAGAUCAUCCGAGAAAAAGACCAAGCUGACUUCCGAGGUGUGCGAGGUGACUUUGGCGCCCGUGUGGGAGGAGGCAGUCUAGAGGUAUCUGUCCCUAGGUUUGCUGUUGGAAUUGUAAUAGGAAGAAAUGGGGAAAUGAUCAAAAAGAUCCAGAAUGAUGCUGGUGUAAGGAUUCAGUUUAAACCAGAUGAUGGGAUUAGUCCUGAGAGAGCUGCCCAGGUCAUGGGCCCUCCAGAUAGGUGUCAGCAUGCUGCUCACAUCAUCAACGAGCUGAUCCUUACGGCGCAGGAGAGGGAUGGCUUCGGAGGCCUGGCAGUAGCAAGAGGAAGGGGCAGGGGCCGUGGCGACUGGAGCAUGGGAACUCCUGGUGGCAUCCAGGAGAUAACAUAUACCGUGCCAGCAGAUAAGUGUGGCCUCGUCAUAGGCAAAGGGGGCGAGAACAUCAAAAGCAUCAACCAGCAGUCAGGAGCCCACGUGGAGCUUCAGCGCAAUCCCCCUCCCAACACCGACCCCAGCCUGCGGAUAUUUACCAUCAGGGGUGUUCCUCAGCAGAUCGAGGUGGCCAGACAUCUCAUAGAUGAGAAAGUUGGUGGUACCAGCCUUGGAGCCCCCGGAGCCUUUGGACAGAGCCCCUUCAACCAGCCGCCUGCUGCCCCGCAUCAAAACACCUUUCCUCCAAGGGGCUCAGGGUGCUUCCCCAACAUCGCUGCUAAAGUGAACGGAAACCCCCACAGUACCCCUGUGAGUGGCCCUCCAGCCUUUCUGACCCAGGGCUGGGGCAGCACCUACCAGGCAUGGCAGCAGCCCACACAGCAGGUCCCAAACCAGCAGAGCCAGCCGCAGAGCAGCCAGCCUGACUACAGCAAGGCCUGGGAAGACUACUACAAGAAGCAGAGUCACGCUGCCAGCGCUGCUCCUCAGGCCAGCUCCCCACCAGACUACACAAUGGCCUGGGCGGAGUAUUACAGACAGCAGGUCGCUUUCUAUGGGCAGACGUUAGGGCAGGCUCAGGCCCACAGCCAGGAGCAGUAGAGCCGAGUCACACAGCUGGCCCUUCCCCUCGAAAUCAGUGUGAAAGAAAACCUGUUUGUAACAGAGGUUUUUAGAUUUGCAGACUUUUGAUGAAGAACCUUUGUUCUGUGAAACACUAUAUUUAGAUUAACAGAAUUUUUCUAAAAAUCGGGAAAAUUAGUUACUAAAAAUUGCUGAUAAUUUUUGUUUCAUUAUUCUUGUUUGUUAUUUCAAAUGUGUAAGCUCUGGGAUUCUUUUUGGAGCAAUACCUGCAAAUUCAGGUGCCAGAAUGUGCCUCGGAGCAGUGACAUUUCAACAUGAUAUUGUUUUGUUUGUUGUUUUGUUUUCGUGUCUUUUUAUUUACAGUUUUUUCUGUUGCAACAGAAAGUGGCUUGGAAGUCUUGGGUGGUAUGUAACAAAUUCUUUUAAAAAAAUUUUUAAACAGUAUUUAAAUAUUCUUAAAUGUGUAAAUUCAUUAAAUGUUUUACUUCUAAUUUCUUGUAUUUUGGCUGUCUGGUUUUAUUGCAUUUUUUAAAAAACUGAACUAUUAUGUAUUGUAAUUAAUUAUGUGAAUUCUGAAAUGAGACAGAUAAUUGUAUUGCUGUCCAACAGGGUUUGGGAGGGGCAUUUUGUAGGGUUUGUAUAAUUCCUAGAGUUCUAAAGGGUAAUAUAAAAGUGUGUUUGUGUGUUAGCAUACAUUUUUUUUCGUGUCUCCAUUACUGGUUGCAAUUGUGUAUCUAAGACCUCCAAGCUGGUUUUAAAAAACAAAACAAAAAACCUUUCUCUAUUCUUUCAGAAAUAUAAAUACUGUUAUUUUUAAUAUUAAAAAGAAAUUCAAUAUAACUUUUAACAAACACUGUGGAACAUUAAACCGUAUAAAAAUGUAGUAACUAUUUUUUAAUUCCAAGGUGUUUUUUUGCUUUUUUCUUUUAAAUAUUUUCUUAAUAUUUGUCAAAUUAACUAGAUGAAUAAGUAAAUCUAGUAUUAACCACAGUAUGAAUUAAAUAAUUUUGAUUUAAUAAAAGGGAUAAUAUGAUUUCCAAUGUUUACUGUAGUGUAUCUUGUACAGAUAACAUGUAUUUUUAAAGGAAAAAAAUACGGAAUUAAAGCUAUUUUUUCUCGCAUUUUUAAUUGACCUAAGGGACAUUCCGUUUGAAAUAUACUGACGUUACAGUUUCUGGGGUUUUCUCCUUGUUUUCCUUAAAUGCUUGAAAUGUCUAACUAUUAAAAAAGGCAAUUGGAAAAUGUUAUGCAUGUUGUUUAAAAAGGUGUUCUUUGUAUUUGACUGACAAUUCAUUUUACACUCUAUAUAAUAAAAUUUCCACAAGACA